AUGAGGCGGGCUGGAUGUCAAGAGGUCACUGUAAAUUCUGGAAAAAGAAGUAGCACUAAUCCUGAAAAUGAACCUUCACAUUCCAACAUUAAAAGACCCAAGCGAGCAGAAGUCAACUUCCUACCCAACUUUGCCCAAGGAAAGGAUCCUUCAAGCCUUGAGCAGUUGAGGCAGACAAUUGUUGAAGAGGUCAAGAAGACGGAGAAGAACCUGCCCCUCAUUAGAAAAAUGAUGGAGACCACAUUUCCCCUACGCCGACAGACCAUAGUGAUGUCCUCCCCACCAGUCAACGAGCUUAUGGACCUCUGGCCUGCUCUCAAAAUAGAGUCUGAGUUGUAUGCAGAGUUCCAGCGGAUUACGAAUCAGAACCUGCCCAACACUUUCUAUGCUGAGCUCGAUCGUCAUCUUCCUCGACUGAUGACCUUAUUCAGACAGAAGGCAUCAAAAACUGGGAAGACAGCAGAUGCUCUGGCUGAAAUUUUAAAAAUCCACGAUGAACAGGAAAUCCAUGACAUCCACACCAAGCGCACUACGGUCCUCCACUGCCUUCCUGUAUAUCUGCGCGAGGACGUUUCCGGAUUUUUCAGAACCUGCACAGACGAGUCUGAGCCAGAGCUUCAAAGUGUUGCAGUGGGCCUCCUUACCGUCAUCAGUGACCAUGCCACAUUUGAAAGUCCGGUUCACUACGACCCUGUGAGAAUCACUGUCAUCCUUGAAAGUGCUGCCAUGGUCGGCCUCCCAAGACUAGGCGACGCCUUCCUGGUAAUGUUUGGAAUGAUAUAUGCACUACAUCUCAGCUAUCCAAAAGCACUGACCAACACUUUUGAAUUCAUUCAAAAGAUUUUACUUGGUCUAGAUGGGGGUAAACUGUCACCCAGGUUGCAGACCCUCAAGAAUGACUUGAUGUAGAAAUGUAUCUGAAAGAACGCUGCAGGCUUACCAGGCAUUAUAAAAGGCUAGUUCAAACUUUUCCUUUUGUCUAAAUAAUGUCUCAAAAAGUUACUGCACUAUGCAGGUGUUCAGCCAAUUGACCCAAACUACACAAUAUGCUUGUUUUCAUUAAAGUGUAAUUCCGGAGAAAAUUGAACCCAGGGUCUUCUCCGACAUGAAAACACAUAAAAUAAGACUAAGUAUAGAGCUUGCCCGGAGCAACGCUUA